AUGCCGUCGCUCGACGUUUUUCCCGUGCUGCAAUCAUGCACGAAGCUGGACACCGAAUCCACCAUCUACGACGCGAAAUUUUACCCCUACGAGACCAUCGACGAUGACCAGAUAUUCGCGGUAGCUGCCGAGAGAGAUACUUUUGUGUGUCGCCCGAGACUAGGCUCCGACCAAGCGUUUGAGCUGUUGUCUUGGUUUCGAGAUGAAGACGCGAAAGCAAGCGCGAACAGCCUAGCGUGGUCACGGGAUCCGGUUACAGGAAACCCGUGGCUUUGCCUAGCUGGGGCCUGGCCAAGACACAUCAAGAUUAUAGACAUUGUGACUCGCGAGGUUGUACGUACUCUGUCGGGCCAUGGCAAGGGAGUGAAUGAUUUGGCUAUCUCGCCCCUUUCCACGAGCCUUCUCGCCUCCUGUGCAGAAGACACAACCAUCAGACUGUGGAAUCUGGAUCCAGCAUACGAGAAGAAACCGUGCGUGGCUCUGUUUGCUGGUGAAGGCCACAAAUGGCCUGUCUUGGCUGUUUCCUUUCACCCGAACGGACGAUGGCUCCUUUCGGGUGGCCAAGACACGGCCGUGUGUCUCUGGGCGGUUCCGACUCUCGAGGAGAUUGACAACAAUGGCACAGCUAGGCACGAGCCUUUGACUGUAUACUACCCGCACUUUUUCACCAAGGAGCUGCACUCCAACUACGUCGAUAGCAUUGCAUUUUACGGCGAUCUCAUCAUCUCCCGCGCGGCUCGGGGUCAAAUCGAAAAGUCCAAGGAAAACAACAUCAUUGUGUGGAAGAUCGAUGGCUUUGACCCCGACGAGCCAACCCCUGCACAGCCGCCAAUACCUGUGCAUGGCGAGCAGACUCGGUCGUCAUUCCCACACAACACUGAAGGCCGCUUUCGGGGAUUCCAGCGCCUACUGACUUUGGACAUGCCGCACACUGACCGUCAGUACCAUCGAUUUGGCUUCUUCUGCCAGCCUGACAUGCGGCCAAUACUAGCCAUGGGCAAUCAAAUGUCGCAAAUUUAUUUCUGGGAUCUGCAAGGAUUCGAGGAAGGCCUUGAUCCGCGAGAGAAAGUAAAGGGAAAAAAGGGCAAAGGAAAGACUGCUGUCUCAAGAAGUGGAAGUCUCGCAACAAGCACAAGCACACCGGACGGUACCCCAGCCCCUGCUGACUUGGACCAUUCCGCUCUUGAGGAUCGACUGAAGAACAUUCWUCCACACCGCAAAAUUGUGAUCGGUACGAAGCUCUCUCCCAAGAACCAUUUCGCUACUUCGCAAGUUGCUUGGAGCCCGGACGGGACAUGGAUGGUCAGCGUUGGCGAUGAGAGCAUGAUGUGUAUCUUUCACCGCGACAAGAGUGUCGUUGGAUCGGGAGGUGCCAACAAACAGCCGUGA